AUGGAAGAAGCUCCUUUAUUAGUUAUUGUGAAUGGUGGUGCUGGAGGUUCAAACUCUAGUUCGGAACCAACACCUCCUAGUUCAAACUCUGUACAAAUAUUCCCGAACAAUAUAUCACAAAUUCAUGAUGAAUUAACAAAAAUGAACACCGAAUUAAUGAAAAUGAACAAAAAAUUAUCUGACAUGGACACCAAAUUAUCUAACCUCGAUAGCAAAUUCACAAAUUUAUUCAUAUGUAUAAUUUAG